AUGUCUUUCCAUGCACUGCCACAGUCGUUUCGGAUGGGUCUAACUACAUUCGCACAACGUGUGCAUGAAACGUGCGCCACAAUAUGUGAAAUUCUGAGCCCUGUACACCUGCCUUCUCCUACUAUACCACUGCUUCAAACCGCUGCUAAACACAUGUAUGCCAACUGGAAUUUUCGGAAUUGUGUGGGGGCCAUUGAUGGUAAGCAUAUUCGGGUUAAAUGUCCCCCUCAUUCUGGGACAAUGUCUUACAAUUACAAAAAAUAUUUCUCGCCUGCUUUACUAGCUGUAGCCAAUGCUAAAUGCAGAUUAAUAGCAGUUGACAUUGGAGGCUAUGGCAAGCAAUCAGAUGGUGGCACAUUUAGAGCAAGUAACUUGUACAAUAAUAUUUUGAACGAAACUGAAAACUGGCCUCCACCGAAAGAACUACCAGGUACUUCAGUAAAAUCCCCAUUAGUGUUGGUUGGAGAUGAAGCCUUUCCACUACUGGAAAAACUUAAUGCGCCCUUUCCCUGGGCUGUCACUGACUGA